AUGUGCCACACCAUCAAAACCUUGUUCUUCGACUUUGGCGUCAACCCCACCGUCUACGAGCUCGACCAGGUCCCCGGUGGCCGGGAGAUCGAGCAGGCCUUGGCUCGACACGGUGGUGGCGGUGACUUCCCUGUGGUGUUCAUCGGCGGCAACCUUGUCGGCGGCGCCAAUGAGAUCAUGACCCUUCAUCUCAAUGGUUCCUUGUCUGCCAUGCUCAAACGUGCUGGCGCUCUGUGGCUCUGA